AUGAUUGCGAGUUCGCGAACGCCCAUAGCCGGCAUUUUAGUGGCUUUGAUCACACCAUUCACCGAUGAUGGCUCUGCCAUCGACGAGAGUCGUCUAAAAUCACAUAUCGACCAUUUGCUCAAUGCUGGGUGUCAUGGUUUGGUUCCUGGUGGCACCACGGGAGAAUUCACCGCUCUGUCCAUGGAUGAGCGAAAACGAAAUCUCGAACUUUGCAUUGAAUACGCUGCUGGGAGGGCACCGGUUGUGGCAGGAAUUGGUGCGACAACGACGAAAGACUGUAUCGAGCUGGCCGGACAUGCCGCAAAGGUCGGAGCAGCAGCUCUAAUGGUCGUGCCGCCUUUCUAUGAUCCAGUCAACUAUGAACAACUGCAGGAACUUAUGUCUGAGAUCCAUGCUGCCUCAGACUUGGAUAUUGUCUACUACAAUAUACCUUCGGCAUCAGGGCUCACCCUGAGCCCCAAAGAAAUUGCCGGCCUCUCGAAAGUCGGAGUGAAGUACCUGAAGGAUACUUCGGGCAACGCGCCAGCCUUUACCGAGCUAGUGUUUGGCUUGAGCGAUCAGAUCACCGCCUUUAACGGUUGGGAUACAUUGACAUUCUACGGUCUAGCAGCUGGGUGCAAAGUCCUGCUGUGGGACGCCAUUGCAGUUGAAGGAGACCUCAAGACGGGUCGUGAAUUGUGGUCCAAGAUCUAUCCCAUCUGCAAAUUCUUGGAAGAAUACAACUACCCAUCAGCUGUGAAGACGGGUAUGGAGUUGCUGGGCCACCGCACCGGAGGGUUGAGGAAGCCUUUCAAACUUCUCGAGGGCGAGCCAAAAGCCGAGCUGGCAAGGUUAUUGCAAGCUGCAGGUUUGGAGGUCGUAAACCCAUAA